AUGUCUAAAUUGGGUUCGUUUUUUCGUCGAAUAUUUUCUUCAACUUCUUCUGAUAAUCAAUGUCCAUCACCAUCAUUAAAAUCAGAAUUCGAAGAUGUGCCUGUCAAUGCACCUUUAUCAUCAUCAAAAUCAACAAAAUCUAACCUAACUACCAAGACUACUCAAUCAUGUUCAACAUCACCUCGUACGGUGAUAAAACAACAAACAAUAAAUACUGAUAAUAGAAAUGAAAGCUCUAAUUCUAAUUUUCUUUCAUCACAUGUCGAUAAAAUCAAUAUGCGUCGUCUUAGUGCUCCUCUUAUUAUUCAUACGUCAACUCGUCAUCAUCCUCAAUAUUCGUCAACAAUAGUAAAUGAAAGUACGGAACAAGCAUUGCUGUCAUCAUUACAACGCCUUUCAGUGUCGUCUUCAACAACAACUACUGCUGGUCCUAAUAGCAGUAUUCAUAGUUUAGGCAUUAAUGAUGGAGGUUCAACAAGUCCACUAACACGUCCCGAUGUUCGUUCAGUGUCUUUCAAUUUAUCACUAUCACCGAGCUCGUUAAGCAACAAUCUAGUAAACAAUAUUUUGCCAACAUCGGGCACACCGCCAACACAAGCUAUCAUUGGUACACAAUCGUCACCACGCGCUAGUAUUACAUCAAAUAAUUCGCCAUCACACAGCAAUGCUAUGAAAGAUAUUUCACCUGUGGUUGAAACUGCAACAGGUACUAAUUCGGAUAGAAAAAUGUCAUUGCCACCACGAGGACGACGUCCAUCUAUGUUUGAUCCAAUUGAUCCUAAAGAAUUACAACAAGCUUUAUAUGCUUCAGCUGCUGCUAAAAGUUCUAUGACAAUAAAUUCAACAAAUGAAGAUGAUUCAAAUCGAGCUAUGUCAUUGAUAAAAAUCAGUUAUGAUCGUGAAGGUGAACAUAUUUUUAUCGAUACUUUAUCUUUUGAAAACAUGCAAAUACUUGAUGCAUUUGUUAAUAAUAAUCAUAAUAUUAAUAUGGCCUUAUCAUCAACAACUACUGCGAGUGCUAAUACAAAUCAUAAUGAUUUUAUAUCAUUUUAUUGUCGUUUUCGAUUAUGGCCUGAAAAACGUAGUUUAUUUCAAACAAAAAUAGUUCGCUAUCCACGUUCUCAAUCAUCUUAUUUAUUUGAUGUAAAACAAUUAAAUGAUUUUGAAUUAUCAUUUGAUCAAUUAAAUAAUCAUUUUAUUGAACUACUUUUAUAUAAAGUAGGAACAACAAAACCAUCCUAUAAAGAUAUUCGUAUUGCUACAGUUAAAUAUGAACUUGGAGGUUUAAGCGAAGCGGAUCAAAUUUCAUUGAAAAAACCAUUAGAUGAGUCUGAUCCAUCAUCAAUAAUACAAGAUCCAGAUUUAGGUGAUUUACUUGUUUCAUUAUCUUAUUUACAAAGUGCAGCUAAAUUAGCUGUUGUUGUACUUGAAGCUAAAAACUUACGACCACUUUCUAUUGAAAGUAAACCAUUUCCAGAAGCAUGUGUAAAAGUAACAUUAUUUGAUCGUAAUGGAAAAAAACUUAAACGUAAAAAAACUAGUGUACAACGUGCAUCAGAUUGUCCAACAUUUAAUGAAGAACUUGUUUUUGAAUUACGUCGUGAUAUAGCACACGAAGUUAUGAUUGAAUUACGUAUUGUACAUGAAUCUUUAUCCUACAAAGAACAACUUGGUUCUAUUAUAUUUGGUCCAACUAUAAAUAAUAUGAUGAAAGCAUCAAUUAGCCCUGAAAAUAUUUAUUGGUCAACAAUUUUAUCUGGUGAAUCUCUCAAUGCACAAUGGCAAAUCUUAAAAACACCAGUACGAAUAGAAGAAUCGAAGUGA